AUGGCGUCUGCAGCUCGUGGCGUUGCCCGCGCGGCCUUCAAGUCAACCCCAUCGACUUCUGCAUUCAAGACCUCAACCCGCAACACAGUCUUCGCCCUCCCACGCCAGACCUUCCGACACCAAUCCCGCCGUGGCUAUGCCUCCGCACCUGAAAAGUCCUCUUCCGGUCUCCUCAUCGGCGUAGGGGCUCUCGCUGUCGCGGGUGGCGCCGGUUUCUACUUCUACAACAACGGCACUCUGCUCUCUGGCUCCGCCGGCGAGACACCCGGCCUUUUCGCCCCCAAGCUCGAGGAUUACCAGAAGGUGUACAACGAGGUGGCUGCGCGUCUGGAGGAGAAGGACGACUACGAUGAUGGAUCGUACGGACCGGUUCUGGUGAGACUGGCGUGGCACGCGAGCGGUACCUUCGACAAGGAGACGGGGACUGGAGGGUCGAACGGUGCCACGAUGCGUUUUGCUCCCGAGGGAGACCAUGGUGCCAAUGCUGGGUUGGUCGCUGCCCGCGACUUUCUCGAGCCAGUGAAGCAGAAAUUCCCAUGGAUCUCCUACUCCGACCUCUGGAUCCUCUCCGGCAUCUGCGCUAUCCAAGAGAUGCAGGGUCCUACCAUCCCAUUCCGCCCCGGCCGUUCGGACAAGGACAUUUCUGCUUGCACACCCGACGGACGUCUGCCUGACGCUUCGCAAGGAAACAAGCAUCUGAGAGAUAUCUUUUACCGAAUGGGUUUCAACGACCAGGAGAUCGUCGCGCUGAGCGGCGCACAUGCCCUUGGCCGAUGCCACACUGAUCGUUCUGGGUUUUCUGGUCCCUGGACGUUCUCGCCAACCGUCGUUACAAACGAUUACUACACGCUGUUGCUGAACGAGAAGUGGCAGUGGAAGAAGUGGGAUGGUCCUAAGCAGCUCGAGGACAAGAAGACCAAGUCCCUGAUGAUGCUCCCCACCGACGUCGCCCUUGUCUCCGACAAGCAGUUCAAGCAAUGGGUCGAGAAGUACGCCAAGGACAACGACCUCUUCUUCAGGGACUUCUCGGCCGUCAUCGCCAAGCUGUUUGAGCUGGGUGUUCCGUUCGCCGAGAAUGCUGAGAAGUACAUUCUCAAGCCUACCAACGCCUAG